CUCCGUUCUGCUCUGUUGCAUUAUCUCGGGAAAAGACACGGCUUUGACUUUGACAUUGACCGAGGUCCCAUGCUCGAACAUGAAUCUUUAUCUUGGUUUUUUCUUUGAUUUCUGGCCGAUCCUCAACGGUGUUACAACUUUUCCUUAUUUUGUCCAUUCUACAACCGGAACUUGUUCGAUUGGAAACAGUUGGAAUUGUGUGGUGGCAGUGUUUGGUCAUUUAAUUUAAGGAUAUUCUAGAGACUUGAACUGGAUAACCUGUAUUUUAAAAUCUAAGAGAGCAACGAAAGUAUGGACAUAAAGCCUAUGAUAAGCCCUGAAAGACUUGAACAAGACGCGGAACUCCUCCAGGAAUGGCUGGCCAAACAACCACACCUCCCAAAAAUAGAUGACAAAAAGCGGCUUAUAUGUUUCCUGCAUCACAACAAAUACAGCCUAGAAAAGACGAAACAAAAACUGGAGAAUUACUACACGCUCCGCAACAAAUACCCCGAGAUCUUCAAGAACCGAGACCCGCAUGGGCAAGCGGUAGCGCGAGCGCGAGUCUCUUAUAACGUGUGUUUGGCCAAAACUCUCAGCAAGGAUGGAGGAAGAAUCAUCUACGCACAGCCGAACUCUGACACGAGCAUCUACAAUAUAACGGAUUUCAUAACGUACGGGACGAUGGUCUGCGACCUGUUCUUCCUGGAGCACGAACUGCACCAGUACUCGGCCAACAUCACGGACUGCGCGGGCCUCCAGUACGGGCACCUGGUCCGAUCCCUGCCGUGGAUGAAAGCCGCCGUGGACAUAUUCCUCAACUGCUACGUCACCAGGUUCAAGGCUUUCCACAUGAUCAACGUCUCCCCCGGACUCGAGAUCGUCUUCACCGGCUUCAAGAACUUCCUCCCGGCCAAGUACGUCGACCGCUUCUACGUCCACACCUCCGCCGAGAGCCUCCUCAAAGUCGUUGAUAAGGAGCUUGUUUGUUCCGAGUACGGAGGCACAGGACCGUCUCUCGCCGAGUUGGAUCAGCACACCAUCAAACUAGUCGAGAAAUACAAGGACUGGUUUAUCGAAUCGGGCAACAUCUCUUCGAACGAACAACUGCGGCGAAAAGGUGAAAAUCAAGUUGAAGAGAUGAAAGGAUCCUUCAGGAAACUGGAAGUUGAUUGCGAGAAAAUGGUGGUUGAAGAGACAUCGGUUCAAGCCCCCUCGGCUGAGCGGCAGCAGGAAGACAUCGACCACCUGAUCGAUUGGAUGUCCAAGGAGGCGCAUCUGCCCAAAGUCGACGACAGAGAGUGGCUUCUGACCGUCCUCCACCACAACAAAUACAGUCUGGAGAAGACGAAGAACAAGCUGGAGAACUACUUCUCCUACCGGAACAAGUACCCGGAAGUCCUCCAGAACCGGGACCCCUCCGACAAGGACAUCGCGCAAGCUCGGCUGGCAUUCAACACUAGCAGUGCUGACAGGCUGACCAAGGAUGGAGGGAGGGUCCUCUUCUGCAGGUUCAGCCCGGACGCGAGCAUAUUCGACAUCCAGAACUACCUGAAAUACGGGGCGAUGGUGUGCGACCUGAGCUACCUGGAGCAUGACCGGCACGAGUACUGCAUGUCGGUCACGGACCUCAAGGACUACACGUACAUGCACUUCAUGAAGGCGCUGCCGGGCAUCAAGACCGGCGUCGACAUCUUCUUCGGGGCCCUCUCCUUCCGACUUCGGGCUAUUCACGUCAUCAACUGCGCCCCCGGCCUCGAGAAGUUCCUCAAUAUCUUCAAGGGCUUCCUCCCGGCCAAGUUUGCCGAGAGGUUCUAUGUCCAUUCCUCCACCGAGGAGCUGCUCAAGUAUGUUGAUGAGGACGUUGUUUGCAGCGAUUUUGGAGGCAAAGGACCCUCCCUCGCCGAUUACGACAAAUACACCGCAGAACUUCUGGAGAAACACCGGAAGUGGUUCCUAGAGCAGGACAACAUGCUUGUAGACGACACUUUGCGACGAAAGGGUCAAAAGCAAGUCGAAGAAAUGACAGGUUCCUUCAGAAAAUUAGAUGUAGACUAAUUUCUAUCUGCAGUGAAAUUUCCAGCGCCAGCAGCUGUAUUUAUCUAAAUUUAUAAUUUGGCAAUGGAGGCAAAUUUCACCUGCUAGAUGUUCCAAUUGAAAUUUUAGAUGCUUCUAGACUUUCAUUCAGUAUCUAUUGAUACAAAGCUUAAAAAGUUCAUAGAGAUAAAGUUAUGUCAGUCGAGUAAUUGUAAUAGACUUCAGGCGAUGGUUGGAAUCAUGAUUACCUGAUUAAAGGUCGCUUCGGUUGAAAACGAGAGUCUAUGUUAGGACGAGUCUGUCAUAAUUCUGAAAUUAAUGUCUUAUAUCAUAUUUUCAACUGACUCAGGCAAAUUUAAAGAGGAGAGGGGACGAAUUCAAUGCGGAGAUAAACUAUUUCAACCCAAAAAUUUCUGCAAAAAAAAUGGUUAUAUGAUAUGUCUUGUUUGCCUGGAAUAGUUGUAAAUAUGCUUCAGUUAGGGACUUAACUUUAUGGUGAGCGACCUUGCGUGAGCGAAUUGAAUUAUUAUUUUUUAUUUUUAUUUUUAACUGAAAAUUCAAAUGGGAGACUAAGACUUUAUUGCUGUGAAAAAUUUGUAUUAUAGGUAUGAGUAUGCUCUACUACUCAUUUGUAACAUAAUGUAUAUAUAUAACACGUCGAAUGUGUUUUCCUAUGUAUAUUCUAGUCCAAAAGACGUUUAAAGAAUGAAAUAAAUGAAAAUAUAAAAUAA